AUGGAUUAUCUCGAAAGGUUUGUAGUUUAUCGGUGCUUGGCACCUCUGCCUUUCCACCACUUAGGACGCGGAGAAGAGUGGUGGCCUGAUCGAUGCCUGGCACUUCUAAGCCAGUUGCAAGAUCUCGAUCCAGAGGUCGGUCGCCAGCGUGGUCAGGAGCUGCUGGCCAUGCUGAUGGAAGCGCCACUGUCCAAAGCAUCUUCCGUCAGGGAACCUCCAGGCUUGCGUCAGAGCCUUGGACCUCGUCCCGGCUCUGAACUCUUGUCUACGGCCGUGCCGUCGCAGUCGCAGACUUUCUCCCAGCCGUGGAUUCCAUUGGGAACGGCUUUUGCUCAAGGUAAUCGGACCUCACAUCCCAACGGAUUUGCAUUGUGA